AUGCCAGAAGUUCGUCAAUUUUUGGAGCGCAAAUGGAAACAUGCGUUUACCACGUUUUUUGGUGAGUUUUUGAAGCCUACAGUACCCCUUAGAGCUACAGUAACCCAAAUGAAUUACUGUAGAUUUGGAUCACAAUGGCAUCAUUGAAUGGAAGGAUUUCAAGGCGUUGAUCGAUGUGAUCGGCGAGGUUCGCGGCAAAAAAAGCGACGUGUUCAUCAUUGCCAAAUUGUGCCUGCCGGAUAUUUGGCAAAAGUUGACUGAGGCAAUCGGGAAGGAGGAUCAUGAAAAAGUGGGUGGCGGGCGGGGAAUCGGGGAUUCUAGGUGGGAAAUUCGGAUUCUGCGUGAAAAUUUGAGCCCGGGUAGAUCUACCGUACUUUUUUGGCGCGAAAAAUUGAGCCGGAAAAAGUGAUCUACAAGAUUUUUGGAAUUUUGUUGGCACAAUUUCUCUUUUGGGUUACUGUAGCUCUUUAGAACCUUAGUACUGUAAUUUAACAUUGAAACCUACAGUACCCAGCUACAGUACCCUCCAAAAGCAUCCCAGAGAAAAUUGAUCUACAAAAAAGGUUUUUUGGAACCUUUUUGGCACAAUUUUUCUCUGGGUUACUGUAGCUCUCUAGAAGUUCAGAGUACUGUGGGUUUGGGUUAAUGCGGAUUAUCUGAUACCUACAGUAACCUUCAAACCUACAGUACCCAGCUACAGUACCCCAAAAGCAUCCCGGAGAAAAUUGAUCUACAAAAUUUUUGGAUUUUUCGGCACAAUUCUUACUAGAGUUACUAAUUUGUCUGGGAUUUUCAGUUUUUUCUGAAAUUUUCAGCAAUUUCUUCAAAUUUGAAAAUUUUCUACACCUAUUGAAUUUAUGAAUCAACUAUCAAAAUUGCCAUCAAUUCAAGAUUUAAUGAGAAAAUUUUGAAACGUAUAAUUUUCAAGAAAUAUUUUUCAGUAACCCAAUUAUGAGCUACAGUAACCUACAGUACCUCCCAAAGUAUGCCAUGUUUGGUCUCAAAAAAUCGCAAAUUUUCCCAGGAGUACGGUAGCUGCCUACAGUACCCCCCUCAUUUUUCCAGAUAACCCUAUCAGAUUGGUUCGAACUGUGCUGGAAAUCCAAAAAUUCGCCAAAAGAGCCAGCGUGGCAAAAAGCCUAUGUUGAUUAUAUGUUUCGACUUUUGGAUGAAUCAGGUUUUGAAAUUUUCAGCAUUUCUAGAAAUUUUCCGAAUUUCAGGCGAUCAUUUCGUGGAUCAGGCUGAAUAUGUGCAAGUUUUGGGAUUUUUUGGGGUCAACAAAAAGGAUUCGAACCACAGUUUUGAUCAAUUCGCUUUUGUGAGUUUUGGGGCCAAAAUUUGGCUACAGUACCCUUGUAGUUUGCUUUUUUUUCUGCCUGCAAACCAACCAAAUUGAGUCAUUUUCCAAGUCAGAAAUUUUGUUUUCCAAAAAAAAAAUUUUUUUUUGUCAAAAUCUAGAUCAACCCACAGAGAUUUUGGGAUAAUCUCAGAUUUGUCUGUGAAAAAAAAAGCCGGGUUCAAAUUUCCAGGCGUGACUCAAUUUUGGUGGGUUACUGUAGAUUUUGGCGGGAACAAUUUUGAUCUACAGACAUUUUUGGAAUCUUCAAUGGAUACCAUUUUUUAAGAGCUACUGUAUCUCAGGAUUACUGUAAUUUCUAAGGCAAAAUUUUUGAUCUACAGCAUUUUUGGAAUCUUCAUUUUUAUGAGAGCUACAGUAUCUCAGGAUUACUGUAGAUUUGGAAGAUCAAUUUCUCUGAACUACAGAAAUUUCUAAUCUUUUUCAUAACUAGACUAUAGUUCCUACACUACAGUACCCCCUGAAGUUCAAAUUUCUCAUAUUUUUCUAUUUUUCAGUCAGAACAAAUCCUGAAAAUCUUUUAUUUUCAAAAAAAAUCCCGAGUUCAAACCGAGAUUAUCUGUGACGUUGAAAAUUUUGAAUUUUCAAAUUUUCGCGCAAAAAUUUGAUCAUUUUUUCAGAAUUUUUAAGAAAAAAUUAAUCUUUUUCGAAAAAAAAAAAGAUUAAUAAUGAAGAAACCUUUCAAAAGUUCCAGGAACUUUGGGGGAAAAAUGAAAAUUAUGAAAUAAAAAUCGGCCUACAGUACCCCCAAAUUAAAAAUUAUCGAUUUUUUGCAGGAUAAUCGCGGGAAUUUGAUCAACAGUAUCUCGAAACGACAUUUUCACACUUUGUGGAAGCAAUUUUUCCAUUCCGAAGAUCCAGAGGCGCCCGGAACUCAUUUGCUCGGAAAAAUUUGA